AUGAUGACCUCACAUUUCAUCAAACAAACUAUUUUCCUAAUAAUUUUAAUAAAAGGUAUCGAACUUCAAAAGCAGACUAUUCCCAAACAUUUAAUAAAAUGCUACAAAAAUGGUGUUUUACUUUAUCCAAUGACGAUGGAAAUUUUUAUAGAAAUCAUCAGGAAAAUUGAGAAUCAUCCAUAUUUCCUAAAUGAUAUGAGAAUAUUUUCUAGUACUUUGUUUCACAGAUUUAGUCGUGAUGGGAUAGAGAAGGACAGGUAUUUUGUAACAUCGGAAGAGAACACAAUCCCGUAUACAACAACAGGAUUUCAAUCGUUUAAGUUCCAUCUCUUGUCUCAUUACCUGUUACCACAACCCAUGAACAAUUUUCCAGAGGAUGCUAUAACAUUAGAAGAGUGGUGUACACUCCAUUUUAUGCUAUCCAGUAGUGUAGAUAUUUGGGAGAGAGGUGAUGAAAACUUGAUGUGUCCGCAAAGCUUCAAAAAUCAGAACACAUCAUUAAUCCAUAACAGAAGAAAAAGUGCUUGCCCAAUCGAAAAAGGAGUGGUGAGAACAAAAGGAUUCGGAACCGUUAGUUUAAAUCAUGUGAUUUCUGCAAUAGCAGCUGCUCUACAGCCAUUGCGGGUCCAACCAGAUCAAAUGUUAGAAGGAAAUAUGAAUAACAAUAGAUAUGAAGAGAAUAUGUACGUUGAUAAUAAAUGGGUUUCUACAUUUUCAGGAGAUUUGGCUGAAAUGCUUAUCAUACAGAAGCCGAUAAUAAAAAAUUAUUAUUCUUUUGGAAUUGGAGGAAAUUGGAAUGAUAUUAGGUUGCCAAUCAAUCAUUAUUUAAAUGUGGAUAAUGAAGUCAUCGAAAAAGAACUAUGGCAAUUUACCGAUGCAGAGAUAAUUGGUGCUAUAGAUGGAAUGAGAUUAGCACAAGAAGUAUUGUCAUGGACCCAAUCCAGACGGACCUUGCGCCUAUCACAACUACUUGAAUCUUAUUACACUAACAGAUGUACUAGCCAUUUACAUCCAGCACAUGCUAGCAAAAGGAAAUUAUUUUUUAGCGAAAUUAUGAGGAGUGAUGAUAAAUUUGUUGAACAAGUACAAAGUUUUUCCCACAUCCUGGCCGAUUAUAUGCCAAAUUACAUAAUAAACAAAUCAAUCAUUAACACUGAAAGUGAACGGAUAGUGGACAAUUUCAACGAUUAUGCCUCAAAUUAUUUAUUAACACAAGAACAAUUCCAUGAAGAAAUUCAUACAAAAAUGAAGAUAAGAAUGAACGUUAUUUAUGACAAUACUUGGUCUGAAUAUGAAACAUUAACAUUUUUACUAGAAUUAGCUGAAAGAAUUGAUGUAUCAUAUCAUGGAAGCAGUAUCACGGUGAUUGCGGGUGAUAUUGGGAACAUUAUAGUCAAAGAUUGUAAAUCAAUCGGAGAAUUAUUUUACAACUGGAGGACAUAUGUCCAUGAUAGAGGAACAAUGCUUCUUCCAGAGAUUUUAGCUAAAUUGAACAAAAUGACAAUUGAUGAAAAAUCAUCAGUGGAGGACCCCGAAUGGUUUACUGACAUAACAGUAAUUUUAGGCAUGAGUACAAGUCUAGACGACCAAGAUAUAACCGAUUCCAUGACUCUAUUAAAAUCCAUUAAGCAACAAAAUCCAGAUAUGAUUUUUGUGUACAUAACAUCAACACCGAGGGCACCAAUGUACGUUAAACUUACUUCAGUCGCUGAUUCUCAAAAUGACCGGAUUAUAGCUCCCCAUGUUAACAGCUACCAUCAAAUACUACAAGAAUUGGAUGACCUUCAUUUCAAUCCAAUUGCAAUAAAACCGUUGUCAUGUAUGAAUGAAACUAGAAAUAAAAGAAAUAUAGACAAACAAGAUUAUGUGACGCCAGGAGCAGUUAAUUUUUAUAGAAUUCAUCCUCAAUACCUGUGCCAAGUUUCGAAAGCAAUAGUCAUCAGGAUUUUAAAUAAAAAUUAUGGAACUUUGGCGGCGUGCAUAUCAAGGGACAAAACAUUUAAUGGAAAUGAACAAUGCCAACAGAUACCAUUAAAUGAAGAAAUAUCUUUUAAGAUAAGAUACCCUUGCCCUUCAAGAAUAUUGUACAGUGAACAUCAAAAUUGGAACGAACGUUGCAAGCCAAUUUAUCUCAGAAUAUCAGCGAAACAAAGUUUGAGUUUAUGCACAGAAAAUGAAUGUAGAACACCUCAUGAUAUUCGAUUCCAAAUGAUAAUUGAAGAGAUGCACUGUUCUUCAGGAAAAUAUAAUAUGUGCAGCGGAAAUGUACUUUCAAGUUCAAUAAAUUAUUUAUUGCUAGUUAUAAGUUUGGUUAUAAAUAUUUGUAUUUUCAGGUGA